AUGAGACUCACUAAUGUUCACUUAUUAUUAGCCGUAUCGGCAGCUAAGGCUGCAAAAGGUGCUUACGUUCCAUCUGAUCCAUGGACGGACUUGACUCCUUCAAAAACUCUUGCUGGAGCUACAACUGAUUUCUCAGGUUCAUUCGCUAUAUCAUUAGAAACAAUUGCCUCGCUGGCAAUUUCAGAUGAUAGUGCUGAAGCUAGUGCCUCAGCAACAGGAGUUGCUAAGAGAGACGUUACUCAAAUUGGCGAUGGGCAAGUGCAAGCUAACUCUGCAACUGUAUCUACUAUUGCUGCUGAGUCAACUGUUGCUGCCGAGUCAGUGGUAAACCAAAUCACGGAUGGUCAAAUUCAGGCUCAAUCAGCUGCUGCAACUACUGCUACUGCUGCUUCAGUUGUUAAUCAAAUCACCGACGGUCAAAUUCAGGCUCAGUCAGCUGCUCCAACUACUGCUGCUGCUGCUGCUGCUUCAGUUGUUAACCAGAUAAGCGAUGGUCAAAUCCAGGCCCAGUCAGCCGCUGCAACUACUGCUGCUGCCGCUUCAGUUGUUAACCAGAUCACCGAUGGUCAAAUCCAGGCCCAGUCUUCUGCUGCCGCUACUGCUGCUUCUGUAGCCAACCAAAUAACUGACGGUCAAGUUCAAGCGGAAUCUGCUGCCACAACUACUUCUCCUACCACUGCCGCUGCUGCUUCUCAGAUUUCUGAUGGCCAAAUUCAAGCCUCAUCUGUAGCAGCUGCUUCCCAAGUCACCGAUGGUCAAGUUCAGAGUGAAGCAAGCAGCUCUUCUGACUCCGACUACCCAGAGACUUGUGUUUCUUCCAAUGCUUUGACAGUGACCUUAGAAGGUGGUAUUUUGAAGGAUGCCAAGGGUAGAAUUGGUGCAAUUGUUGCUAACAGGCAAUUCCAAUUCGAUGGACCUCCACCACAAGCUGGUAGUAUUUACGCAGCAGGUUGGGGUAUCAAAGACGGCUCAUUAGCUAUUGGAGACACCACUACCUUCUAUAAAUGUAAGUCGGGUGACUUUUCCAACUUAUACGAUCAGUACAUUGGAACUCAAUGUGUUCCUGUUCACAUCAAAGUCUUAAAAGUCGUUUCAUGUUAG